CCACCCCGUCAUUCGAAUGCUGCGCUUAUUUCUGCAUACCGCCGCGCUCCUCUCGGCGCUCCCCGCGACCCUCGGACAGACUUCCACCGACUGCAACCCCCUCAACAAAACCUGCCCGUCCGACACGGGCUCAACCCAAAGCACGUUCCACUAUGACUUCGUGCAGAGCUCCGACACUCUGUCGGAAUGGUCGACGCUCUCGGGGAGCCCAACGGUCGGCGACGAGGGCGUCGAGCUCACGAUCAACGAGGAGGGCCAGGCACCCACAAUCGCCACGUCGUUCUACAUCUUCUUCGGCGAGAUCAGUGUCGUCAUGAAAGCCUCCGCCGGCACGGGGAUCAUCAGCAGUAUUGUGCUGGAGUCGGAUGAUCUCGACGAGGUCGACUGGGAAAUCCUCGGCUCCUACACCACAGAGCUACAAACCGACUACUUCGGCAAGGGCGACUCCUCCACCUCCAACCGCUGGACCUGGGAGCCCGUCGACGACCCCCAGUCUACCUUCCACAACUACACCCUGACCUGGACGCCCGCGGCUCUCACCUGGAGCAUCGACGGCACCGCCCAGCGCACGCUGACGUACAGCGACGCCGCGGACGGCACGCGCUACCCGCAGACCCCCGUGCGGGUCAAGAUCGGGAUCUGGGCCGGCGGCGAUCCGAACAACAGCGCGGGGACGAUAUCCUGGGCCGGUGGGGAGACGAAUUACUCUCAGGCUCCGUUCACGAUGAUCGUGCAGAGUGUGGAUAUCGCGAGUUAUUAUCCCGCAGAGACGUAUACGUACAGCGAUAAGACUGGGGAUUUCGAGAGUAUCGUGAUGGAGGGGGGCAGUGUGACGCGCUUGUCGGCGUCGGCGGCGGAUUCCGGGUCGGGGUCCACUGCGACGGCGGGUUGUACUCAAAAAGUAUUCGCUUCGUAG